UUUAUAUAUUUACAUAUAGUUACAUAUACCUGCAUAGAAAUUUCCACUUUGCAAAUUCUGCAACAAAAUGCAUUUGUGUACAAUUAGCCUAAACAUUUAAAGAGCAAAGAGAUGUAAACAACACAUGAAUGGCGCCUUGCAGCACAAGAAACAAGAGCACUAAGGAUAAACACUGCUGGCAGUUGUAAUUGUUGAGUCAUCAACAAAUCAACGUCAAAAUACAAACAAAACAGAAAGCUGCUAGCCUUGGAAGUGGUGGGGGGAACGGACACUUAGAAUUUCCAUUGCAAAAGUAAAAGAGGAGUACAGGUGAGAGUUAGUUGAAUGCGGAUAGGUGUGGAUAGCUUAUAGCCAAAUCGUUAACCAUCCCCUCGGACACUUGCGCAUAGAGACUUAAACGCGUUACGCGUCACUAACUAAGGUGUGUCGAAAUUAGACUAAACCGUUAACGUUUAACUAUACCCUCCACAUCUCUAAAAAUAAAAGAGAUAAAUGGAGGACUAUAAAUUCCUAUUUAAAAUUGUGCUGGUGGGCAAUGCAGGUGUGGGUAAGACAUGUCUGGUACGUCGUUUUACACAGGGCCUGUUUCCACCUGGACAAGGCGCCACUAUAGGCGUAGAUUUUAUGAUAAAAACCGUUGAAGUGGAAGGCGAGAAAAUUAAACUACAAAUUUGGGAUACAGCUGGACAAGAACGUUUUCGUUCCAUAACGCAAAGCUAUUAUAGAUCAGCACAUGCGCUUAUUUUGGUAUACGAUAUAAGUUGUCAGCCGACGUUUGACUGCCUACCCGACUGGCUGCGGGAGAUACAGGAAUAUGCCAAUUCAAAGGUGCUAAAGAUAUUGGUGGGGAACAAAACAGAUCGUGAUGAUCGUGAAAUACCCACGCAAAUUGGUGAGGAAUUCGCCAAACAGCAUGACAUGUACUUCCUGGAAACAUCGGCCAAAGAGGCAGAGAAUGUUGAGCGGCUCUUUUACGAAAUAGCAGCGGAGCUUAUUAGCCAAGCGCGCAGCAAAGAUGGCAGCAGUGCUGCUGCUGCGGCUGCAGCUGCGCGCCAAGCUGAUACUGGAAGCUCUAUUGGACUGAGCAGUCUGAGUGCCAAAGCAGCACAGAGUAACUGCUGUGGCGGCUCUGGUUCCGGCAGCAGCACUAGUCAAGCCGGCUAAGAAUUUACCUAGGAUAAUAGGCAGCUAAAAUAGAUGGGAAGCUUUUUGACUCAAUGACUAUGGAUGCUAAAUAUUUGUGUUAACCAACUCUUAUUAGUAUUAUCUGUUAUAACAGAUCUGGAUCUGGAUUGUGAGCAUCACUGUUUAUGUUUUAAGUUUGUUUUUUUAACUGAUGAUAUCAAUAAUUGCAAUGCACACUUUUUUUUAA